CCGAGGAGGAGAAGCAGCGGCGCAGGCGACACCAUGGCCUUCCUAACAGGGAUCCCGAAUAACCACCCUUUGCCGACUUCCUCUGUUCCUGUUGCUGUGGCAGCUCCUCCACGCAAUUCGCAGAUGAACUUUGCUCUUCAUUGGCCAGAGCAGGCAGUCAAAGAGGCGAUCGAGAAAGGUCGUGCCUUUAAAGCAACAUUUCGCGUGAACGCAUAUGACCGGAAAGAGGCCUUCUGUACCGUCGACGGUCUCCCGGUGGACGUUCUCAUUAAUGGAGCUGAUGCACAAAACAGAGCGAUAGAAGGUGAUGUGGUUGCUGUAAUGUUGGAUCCUGUUGUGUACUGGACCAAGUUGAGGGGAUCGAAUGAUGCUCUGAUCUCCAAGGCAACAACCGACUCAACUGAGAACAGGGACUCCGAGAAGGGAGAAGCUGCAAGAGCUUUGGAGAGAAUACGUGCUACGUUGAGUUGCAAUCCAUCGAAGCGACCAACUGGGAGAGUCUUGUCUAUCAUCAGAAGCUCUCCUCGUCGUGAAGCAGUGAUUGGUCUUCUUGCUUCGAAUCCAUGGUUUCCUGAAGGAGAAGAAUAUGGAAGAGAGUUGGAUUACAUACAACUGAUACCUACAAAUUCCAAAUUGCCAAUGAUGGUAAUCACUGUGGAAAGUCUUCCAGGUUGUGUAAAGGAAAGGCUCAUCAAUGGCGACGUAUCAAUCGAAAGGGAAUUGGUAGCUGCUCGAAUAGAGGAGUGGAAGGAAGGAAGUGUCUGCCCCAAAGCACAGGUUAUCCGCAUGUUGGGGCGAGCGGAGGAAAUUGGGCCACAGAUAAGUGCUGUAUUGUUUGAGCAUGCAAUCAGAGCUGCAGACUUCUCUCCGGAGUCUUUGUCUUGUCUUCCAGAAGCACCGUGGAAGAUCCCUACGGAGGAAUAUGAGACCAGAAAGGACCUUAGAAACACUUGCACCUUCACAAUCGAUCCUGCAUCUGCUACCGACCUCGAUGAUGCAAUAUCUAUCGAAAAGGUAUCCGAAAAAGUAUUCCGAAUCGGUGUCCACAUCGCUGAUGUUUCAAGGUUUGUUCUUCCAGACACAGCAUUAGAUAGAGAAGCCCGAAUUCGAUCCACCAGUGUGUACAUACCGCAGCACAAGCUGCCAAUGUUGCCUCCAGAGCUUUCCGAGGAAGCGUGUUCGCUUGUACCAGGUGAGGAUAGGCUUGCCUUCUCCAUCACUUGGGACAUUGAUGACACCGGAAACAUCACCGGGCGGUGGAUCGGCCGAUCUGUGAUCCAUUCAUGCUGCAAGCUAUCAUACGAUGAUGCGCAGGACAUCAUCGAUGGAGGAUUUGAGGUUGAUGUUUCAGGGAAAACGGUACCUAAAUUGCAUGGGCAGUUUGAGUUAAAGGAUGUUGUUGAUUCUCUUAGAAGCCUGCAUGGGAUCACCAAGAAGAUGAGGGAGAUCAGAUUAAGAAAUGGAGCAUUUUGGAUUGAGACCCCUAAGCUUGUCUUCUUGUUGGAUGAGAGUGGGAAUCCAUAUGACAGCUUACUUGGUGUGAGGAAGGAGUCAAGUUGUCUUGUUGAGGAGUUGAUGUUGUUGGCAAAUAGAUCAGUUGCAGAGGUCAUAUCCAAGGCUUUCCCAGACUGUGCUCUACUUCGCAGGCAUGCUGAGCCUAUGUCGAUGAAGCUCAAAGAGUUCCAAGAAUUUUGUAGGAAACUCGAGUUGGAUGCUUCGUCAUCCGGCAAACUUCAGCUCGCACUACCCAGGAUGAGACAGAAACUGAAGAAUGAUCCCGUGUUGCUUCAAAUUCUUUUGGCACGUGCUGCAAGGACAAUGCAAUUAGCAGUCUAUUUUUGCACAGGAGAUUUGAGAGGCAGAGAAGAUGAGUGGGCUCAUUAUGGACUGUCAAUCCCACUUUACACACAUUUCACUUCUCCAUUGAGAAGAUAUCCUGACAUUAUUGUACAUAGAACAUUGGCUGCAGUGGUUGAAGCCGAAGAAGCUUAUGCGGAGAAAAGGCUGAGUUGUGCUGCAUAUGAUUCAGGUGAUGGGAUUGGCAAUGGAUGUUUUACUGGUCUUUAUUUUGAUAGGGAGGCUGCAGAAUCUGAGGAAGGUAGAGAAACAUUGUUGUCUGCAGCUGUGAGAUAUAGAGUUCCUGCAUCUGAAGUGGUAUCUGAAGUUGCUGCAUAUUGUAAUGAAAAAAAAAGAGCUAGCAAGCAUGCUGAGCAAUCUGCAGAAAAUGUUUAUCUCUGGGGUUUGUUGAAGAACAAGAAGGUGAUGUUUUCCGAAGCCAGGGUUCUAACAGUAGGACCAUAUUUCAUGACAGUCUACAUAUACAAAUUUGCUAUUGAGAGGAGGAUAUAUUUUGGUGAAGUUGAAGGAUUGGCUGUUAAAUGGAUUGCAACUACUGGUAUAUUGGUUCUUAGUACAAAUACUGAACCCUCGCAAAAAAGUUAUCUUCCUAGGAGUUGUCGUAAGAUUGAAGAUAUAGAGUUGACGAUGAGCCAAUGCCGAAUAGUUACCCCCGAAGAUAAAAAUAAAUGCAUCACUAUUGCUCCAAGUUCUUAUAAUACAGAAAGCGAUGUAACUGCGACUCCUCCUCUACGCUUUCCUUCGGUGAUCAGAGUUUUAUCCAUCGUUCCUGUGGCUAUUCAUGCUAUUAUUGAACACAAUGGUCGUGUAAAUUUCGAAGCAAAACUGUAUAUACAGUGA